AUGGUGUCCAACGCGGCCGGCCUCGUGCACCUUGGCCAGAACACCCUGCAGUACAAGUUCGACCCUUAUUCGACCUUUCUGAUGCUGGGCAAGGCCCAGGGCGCCCUCAUGCAGCAGGGCCUGUGCCAGAGUGCCUGCGAGGACAGGCGCGGGACCAGCGAACAGCAAGACGCCUUCAUGAGGAAGCAGUCCGUCCCAGCGCCUACGAACGACUGCAGAGUCGCGGACAAGGCACGGAUGCGUAGGGAGAAGAUGAAGGCACGCAAACAACAGCUUGAGGCAAACACACAUAAAGUUGCGGGCGAAGCACAGAGGAGAGACGCAUGCAAAAAGCAGGAGCCUGUUAAAGUGCCAGCAGACAACCAGAAAAUUGUGUGCAAGGAACCGCAGCAGGAGAAGACACAUACUUGCAAUCAUGUCUGGAAAAUUUUGCCUGACCAAGCGGAUGCAAACUACAGCGGGACGCAGCCGCAGCAGAAGAAGGAGAUGGGUUCAGAAGCGCAGCUGCAGAAGAAGAAGCGGAUGGGUUCGGAAGAAGCGCAGCAGAAGAAGAGGAAACGGACAAGUUCAGAAGAAGCGAAGCAAAGGAAGACGAAACGGACGGAUUCAGAAGAAGCGCAGCAGGAGAGGAGGAAACGGACAAGUUCAGAAGAAGCGCAGCGGGAAAGGAGGAAACGGACAAGUUCAGAAGAAGCGCAGCAGAGGAAGAGGAAACGGACGGGUUCAGAAGCGCAGAAGAAGAAGAAGAAACGGACGGGUUCAGAAGCGCAGAAGAAGAAGAAGAAACGGACGGGUUCAGAAGCGCAGAAGAAGAAGAAGAAACGGACGGAUUCAGGAGAUGCACGGCAGAAGAAGAAGCGGACCAAUUCAGGCCAGACGCAGGACCGCCUCUGGAAGCCAACCCAGGCGCCCCGCCAGCAACACCGAGUCCCAGCGCCCUUCGGCAACAGCACCGGCAUGGGCAAGCCGAAGCCGUAG